UCGGAAACUGCCCUCGGAGGAGGUUUUUGCCCUGUCUCAUAAAAACUCCCUAUUUCGUCGUUUUCUGUGAAUGUGAUCUUUAAAUAGCCACUAUGUUUGUAGAGUGUAGUAACUGACAGACCACCAAAGAUGAGCUGUGAUACUGAAAAGAUGAUAUCCUGCAGCGAAGAGGAGUUUGACAGAGCCCUUCAGGAGAUUAACAUGAAGGUGAUUAGAUUAUACAGUCUCAGCUUGGUCUCAAAUGUCUGGGAACUAGUGUUGAUCAUCUCCAAGCUGCAGGCUGCCAUGAUAGCUGAACAACAACACUUCUCCACUAUCCACAACCAGAUUGAAAAACUUCCCAAUAAGUCUGGUGCUGAGCAUGCUGCCCUAUCGGAGCAGUUAGUCAAGUCUCAGGAGAAGAUUGGCCAACUUAUGCAGAGGAACAUGAAAUGUUUUAAUGCUAAAACUGCAACAGAAAAAGCAAGCAAAUCUGUGAUGGACAAAAGUGCUAUUCAUUCCAAAGUGCCGGAGUCGGGCCCAGCCAAACCACCUGUAAUGAUUGCUUCUGCUAAAAUGGAAGACCCUCACCCCAAGAAGCAAGGACCUCAACCUAAAGUUAAUGCUACACAAGUCCCAGUUACUGUUGUCCCAAACGACACCAGGAAUGGCAGUAAGACCCCAAGAAGCAUUUUAAAGAAAUCUUCGCCUAGCACAGUAGAUGCCAGUAGUAGUAGUAAUAGCAUGAGCACGGACAAGAUGAGUGUAGUACAAACCCUGAAAGGUAGUCCACCUUCGAGUCAUGAAAUUAAAGCAACCCCACCAGUGAUAAGCUUCCCACCAAAUGCGACCAAAUCUUCCAACAUGAAGUCCCCCACCCUUAAAAAGAAUGCUAAUGUCAGUUUUGAGAAUGAUGCAUUGGACUUUGUAAAUGGCAAACCUGCACCACCUCUUACAACCCCCUCAAAUAAGCCGAAUGUCCCUAUCAUUGGUGUCUCCGAUGCACGAAUCUCCCCAACCAUUCCCUUUACAAAUAUUGAUGAUUUUGAUAUCAGCGAUGACGAUGAAGUGGCGCCUGUGCUCCCUGCUUCUCCUCCCCCUGUGACACGUUCCUCCGCUGCAACUGUUGUGCGAGCUCCCUCUGCCCCUCCUCAACCCAAAUCUGAAUUGUCCCCUUCUCAUGCUGCCUCAGUGAAACCUCAACCCAAUUCAAAAUCGACCACUGGAUCAGAAUCUCAACUACCUGGGAGAAAUUCAGAUUCUUCUCCAGCAGGUAUAGCAGUAGCUUCUCAAAAUUUGUCUAAAACCAUUGGCCCUACUGUUGGUAAUUCUGCAGAUAGAGACAUGGAGCUUGUUUCUUGCCCUGUGUCUAAUGUAGCUGGAAAGAGCAGUAAAAUGGUGUCUGUUGUUCCCCGGAAGAAGUCAACAAAUGGAACAACCACAGAAACAUCUAAAUCCCUGCCGGCAGUGGCGUCGGUUGUUCUACAACAAACUAUUGACCCAAUCACGGGUCAGCCAAUCACUCUGCAAGAUGAUUCUCCCGAUGAUUCAGUUGAGCCUGUUCAGAGAAGAAGGGUGAUGUUUGAAACUCACAGCGUCAGCGCGUCAAGUUGUUUACCAGACAGAAAGACUGUGACUGUACGUCCAAACUCCCUCCCGCCUCCACCCAAUUCAAGCGAACCAGCAAAGGGUAAACUGGGUACAGUUGGUGCGGCUUCAUCUCCAUCACAGAACGGAUCAAGUUCCAGUGUUAUGCAAGGCAAAAUGGUGUCAGUCAUCCCACGGAAAAAGAACGAGGUCAAAAAGACUUUAUCAGCUCCUAUUGCUUCUGGUGCUUCAGUAGUGCUUCAGAAUGGUGCGAGCUUGACACAUGGUCACUCUGAGAAGACCUUGUCGAAAACUAACCAAGGUGGCCGGAUUGUGACGGUCGGUCGGGUGAGUGGCCACUAUGCUGUUGACGUCUCAGCUGAAGAUAUGAUGAGGGAUGAGAGGGAGAUGGAUUAUGCUAUUGGGAGUGUGACAGUAAAAGCAAAGUUCCAGACAGGAAAGAUGGCGUCGUUCAAGAAGGAUAAGAGUGAUAAUAACAACCUGAAGGGUAGUAUUGAUAUUCCGGAUGACAACGGUGUGACAGAGGCUGUAUCAAUGGCGGAAUAUCAGGGCCAGGAUGCGAAAGAUGUCGAUGAGGAACUAGUCAAGGAGAGGACAACACUGCUGCAUUGGGACCCGGUGAAGUUAUUAGACGAUCUCUAUGAAAUAAAGCAAGCAGAAGAUCAUGCAGAUGAUCUUUCCAGCAGUUUUAUCCAGAUGGCUGGCUACAUGGAAAAGCUGCCCAUGAAUAAGAAGAAAGCAACAAUGCUAAAGACGUGGAAAAGACGCUACUUCAAAGCCAAGGAUGGAAACUUAUUUUACUACGAUGGUAACCAUAGUGACAAGCCGACUGGCUUCAUCCAGUUGUUGGGUGGUUCGGUGGAGGAUGCAGAGAACAGAAUGAUUGGAAUAGAUGAUGGGCGAGGACACUACUGCUUACUGAGAUGUCCCACAGAUCGGGAGCACCAGGACUGGAUCGUUGCAUUGAACUCGCAAGUCUCGGCCAGCCCUAUGGCACUGUAUGUGAAACCGUCGAUCAAUCCUAAGCCACACUUCAGAAAGAAAGUUGUGAUCAUCGACAUUGGUGGUGCAUCUGUCAGAGGCGGUGUCAUAGGCAUGGAGCCUUCCCUUCCUCAAGUGUUCUUCCCCUGUGUGGUUGCUAUCAACAAAACAACUGGCGAGAAGGUCUUUGGUUUUGAUGCCUUCAAACCGGAGAUUCGAAGUCAGUCGAACUUGAUAUUCCCUCUGCGCAAGUCUGCACAUGUUGACAAGGUGAAUCUGGAUAAAGACAUUCUUCCAGGACUGCUGAAAAAAGUCUUCAAUGAGCUGAAGCGACACCCGACUAUGUAUCAUCUAAUCUUGAGCACUCCUCACACCCUAAGCGCCAAGACGCUGUCGAAUCUGAUGGACAGUAUGCUAGAGGAGUUCCAGGUGAAAGCUCUCAGCAUGGUCUACCAGCCGAUCAUGGCGCUCUACUCCUACAGCGCCACGUCAGGAGUAGUCGUGGACAUUGGUGAACGAUGUGAUGUUGUGCCUGUUAUUGAUGGAUUCCUUAUGACUGCGGGUAUAAGUCGACAACCCUAUGGUGCUGUAGCUAUCACGGAGUUGCUCAAUCAAAACUUAGCCGAGCACAAGUUCCGCUUCCACACCGACGUUGAGAAGUUGUUUACUCGACUUGUCCUAGAGAGGGCGUGCUAUGUUAGUCAGAAUUUCAAUGAGGACAAUGAGAAGUGCAUCAGGGACAGGGAACCGUUCACUCAUCAUAUUGAUGUCGGCAAGUACAACCUGCCUGAAGACACUUUCACCGAGCUGACCUGUGACAGUGGGCGGUUCCGGGCUGCUGAAGGGUUGUUUGAUACGGAGCUCUAUGGGCAGGACACUCCCUUCUUACAUAAAGCGAUACACAAAGCAAUCCAGGACUGCCCUAUGGAUUCACGAAGGGAAAUGUGCAGGAGUAUCUACUUAAGUGGAGGGACCACGAUGCUUCCUGGAUUUGCUGAGCGACUGAAAACUCUAAUGGAAACUCUGGUGCCCAAGUCAUGUGUUGUUGAGGUUCAUGCCUCUCCCCACCGCUAUCACGCAGCCUAUAUUGGUGCUUGUAUCCAGGCUGGUCUGGAUGGAUUCGAACAAUCUUGCAUUACUCUAAAAGAAUGGAAAAACAAUCCACAAGACUGUUUGAGGAGACUGCAGUCAUUUUGAAGAACCUGUAACAUUCUUCAAUCUUUUGGACGUGGUAUGUUUUCCAAAACAUGCUACUGAUGUGAUUUUGAAGUAUUGUGAGACGUGACUCUGAACAAUCGUGAAUUCUGUUUGGCAUUUUGAAAGGAAAUGGGGCCUUGGUUGUGUGCUCAGUGAUGUCCAGUUCAAGCUGGCUGUAUUUGCCAGUCAGUGAAUAUGGGUUCUAGCAUUGACAAAGCCUUGUUUCAUUGACCAAAAGAGGAAUUAGUUUGGGAUCGUAUGUUACACAUCAUUUUUUAAUAGCAAGUGCAUGUCAGUGCAUAUAUCCCACCAAAAUUAUCAGAACAUACACAAACUAUUGAGUGAACAUGAUCAUUUCAAUUGAUUUUAUCAGCAUUCUGUUAUAUUUAUUAAUAAAUUUCUAUUUUAACUGCUGAUGAUUUAAGGAAGUUUUAGGUCUUUUGUUUUGCAGGCUGGCAAGUGAUUUACCUUUGAGUUAUUUAUUUAUAUUCAUAUACAAUCAUUUUGAUCUUUGAUGUGAGAAACUUGUAAGUUGAUUGUAUUGAGCAGAAAGUGUGAGAUUUUGACAAACGUUGUGAUGACAGAUUGGUGCCUAAAUACAGAUGGCUUGAAUUCGGCUAACAGGCAAUACAAAGUAUGAGACUCAGAAAUAAUCACCAAAAAAAAAAAUAUUUGACUAAAAAAAUUGGAUACAUAUUUGACUGCUACAUAAAGGGAGAUUAUAGGAAAGAGCUACUUGUAAUUGGUAGCUCAUAUGCCCAGUUAGAGAACUGGAACUGGUUUCACAGAGAAAUGUUUCUCCUACAAGCAUGAAUAGUACAUUUUGAUAGUAGAAGCACCUGCCAGCAACUUCACCUGGCCCACUGGGUCCUGCCUAUAGUCUCCCUUUAACUUUGUAUGAUAAAAAUUGUUUCCUUUCAGUUGGUGCUUGUCAUAAGUUGUGCACAUUGAUCAUCCCCCAAGUAGCACUGUGUAUAGUAGGUAUGCGACCUAUAUUUACGAGUACAUGUGUAUAUUGAAAUGUGAAUGUUACAUGGCUAUUGCCUUCAGUGAAAAGUCUUAAUGCUUGGUGGCUGUGCGCACUCAAUGGACAUCAAAUACAACUUCGCAGUACACAGUGGAAUGUUUUCUGAUUGCAAUUAGAGCUCCUGGUGUAAGUUUUGCUGCUAAUCGUGACAGUCCAUGAAGCUGUUAAAUUUGUGAUUGAAUAUAUGUGAAAUUACAUGUUUUCAUGGUGUUAGGUUGUAACUCAUGCAAUAAUUCUUAAUCCUGCCAAAACUCCAAGCCAAAAUUCUAUAUCUUCAAUCAUUCUGUAAGUGAUGGCUCUUUUAGCAUUGUAAUGGAAAUUUUUAUCCCCGCACACUGUUGUCUUGUCUUCCAUGUGCAUGUAUGUGCUGCUCCCUAUGUGUUUUCAUGUGUAAUGGAUAAUGAUGUAUGAGAGAGACCAACUCUCUCAUAACCAUACCAAAACUCAUCAUCAUUUAUUAUCCACUUUUCCACUGAUAUCACUUCAUGACUUAUGUCUGUUACAUUCCUGAGGAUUUAGCUACAAAUCAUCUAGUCCAAAACCUAUAGCAAUUCUAUUAAUACUAGAAAGUGUAGAUUAGAAAUUUAAACUUGUAUACUUGGUACUUUAGUUGAUACUGCACAUUCCAACACUUGAAUCAUGCUCAUGUCGGUUCACCUUGUUAUCUAUUCCAGCCCAUACUCUGCAGUCCUUUAGAACUGUAACUAUGCACAUUCCAAUAACUUUAGAGGAGACCUGUCCAGGAUAUUGGCAGGCCAGCACUUCCAUUAUAUAGUUCCUUUGUAGAAAAUGCUAACAAUAUCCAUCAGAUCUGAAAAUGUGGACAAACAGUAGAAUGUUUCUGUUCAUUUUUGAUACAUCAGUUCUUUUACAACUGCCCUCUUUUCAGAGCCUGGGUGUAGUGCUGGUCGACCAUUGUAUAGACACACUCCUUACCGCUUCAGUGUAUUGUCAAUACCACAAUGUACAUUGUAUGCAGUGUACAUGUACUUUAAAGUGCAGACACAAAAAACAUGCUUUUAUUUCAGCACAUUCCAUUCAAUCUUAAAGCUUAUCUAUUUAUUAUUCCAAAUAUAUUUCAUGUGUAAAUUGUUUUUUCCGGUUAUCUUAUAUCAAAAUGUAGGAAAUUGCCUUGAUUUAACCAGUGCUACUUAAUUUGUACACAUCUAUAUAUUACUGUAAAUGCUACAUGAAAGUUACAAAUGUAGUAUGUUAGGCAUAAUAGUGGUCCUACCAUUAGAUCAUACAUGUAUUCUACUCAAUCCUAUAUCCUGUCAAUUAACACUAAGAUUCACAUGGGGCACAGACUUAUGGAUGCAUAGUCCAGAUCAUACGAUGCAGGACAGGACGGGAAAUUAAGUCUGUGAGGUUGUGCCUCGGUGCCCUGGUAAAGUUAUACUCUAGAUAUAAUACUUCUUUAGCUGUUUGCUAUUUUCUCUAAUUUUCAGUCAUUAUACUGCCAAAACAAUUUGAUUAGCUUUAGAUUUUAUACAUAAUUACAUUUUAGAUGAGAAGAGUAAUUAGUCAUAUUUAUGUUGAGCCUAAGCAUGUUUAUAAGUAAUUUAUUCAUUUCGAGAUUUUGUCUUUGAAUUCUGUGUCUUGUCUUUAUUUGUGACUCUUAUUUAUUUCUGUGGCUUCUGUAAGUUCAUGUAUAUGUAAAUCUGUCAUCUGUAUGUAGGGCGGUUGAUGGGUCAUGAUACAUGUAAAUGUAGUGUCUUUUCAGAAAUACUAUUUCAAAUGGAUUGUCCAUGAACACUAAUGUGUUCCAUAAUCCAAGCAUAUCAGCAAGAACAAGGGAUAAAGGGCAUUUUGCUUAUGAAUAAAGAAAUGUGGCCAUUCGAUGGCACUAACACAGCAUUGUUUUCUGUGUAAGUGUUUUGGAGAGAUGCCCCAGGUCAAAUUCAGGAGAUUAGGAUUAGGAGACAUAUUAGUUUUCAUGGACAGAAUUUCAAGUGAACUUGUUCUUUAAAGGUCAUGAAAGAUGUACCUCAAUUGAUUUAAUCAUUUUGGCCCACCUGUUUCAAAAACUACUGACAUUUCUUCAGAAAUUUACGUUCAUGUUUUAAGUUAAAUGUUGAGAUGUAAAAUCUAUUUUACUAUGACACGUGAUCUCAUUCAGAAAAAUAAUAUUGCUACACAAUAAAGCACUUUAGACUGAG